AUGGCCGACACAAACACAAAGGACCUUGGGGCCGAAGAUGGCCAGCUGGCCAGUUUAGUUAAUUCAAAUAAUGGAGAAGUCAUAGAAGAUUCGGGAAACCUUCCGCCCCUGCAGCUCAAUGGAAAGGACCCAGCUAACGAGCCAGCAGAGGAAGCUGCUGAUGAGACAACAAAGGCUGAAGAGCAUUCGGUAUCAAAUGGUGCCCUAGAAGAGGAAUUGGAGCAGACGAAGCAGGAAAGAGAUGAGGCCAAGCGACAGCUAGAGGCGAUUAUAGGGAAGCUUUCUGGAAUGAAGUCAAUGUUCCAGAACUACAAGGCCACUCAGGAAGAGCUCAAUGAGCUAAAGGAACAGAGCAGUCAGUGGAGCGAAAAGCAAACUGAGCUUGAACUGGAAAACUCCAGGCUUGAGGAGUCGGUAAAAACACUAACGGAGGAGCUUAAGAAUCUCAAUAGCGAAUGUGAUAGGCUCAGUGCAAGUGAUAGCGAGGCUCGGAAAGAGUUGCAGUUGAAGGAGCAGGAACUUCAGGAUGAAAAGUAUAGGCUUGAGAAUGAGCUCAGGGCGGCGCAGAAGGCUGCUAGUGGACAAAAACUGGAGUACUCGGAGCUCUCCCUUGCAAAGGAGGAGCUUGAGAUGGAGAACAGAAAUCUCCGAUCCAUAAUCGACGAAUUGAAGACAAAAGUAGCAGACAAGGAGGAGUCAAUACAAAAACAGGGGAGAAGGACCGAUGAAGUUAAAGCAGAGUAUGAGCAAAAGUUUGACGCUCUUCGACUGGAAUUGGAAGAAAUCAAGGGGAAGAACGAGGCGUUGACAGCAUUGACAGAGAAGGAAAGAGACGAAAAAGAAGAGGUGAAGAGGCAAUUGGAACGAGUCCAGGAAGAAGCCAAGCAGGCGUCACAGGAGGCCCUGGAAGUCCAGAAGCUCAAGGACGAAAUCCACAGCAAAUCGAUCAUUAUUGGCAAGCUAAGACAUGAAGCUAUCAUCCUAAAUGAGCAUUUGACCAAAUCUCUCGGAAUGCUCAGACUGCAGCUGAGUAAUGAGGACAACACCAUAGACAAGGAGCUAAUUUCCAACGUUAUACUAAAUUUCCUUCAGAUUCCUCGUGGGGACGCCAAGAAGUUCGAGGCGUUGCAGCUUAUUAGCGUGCUUCUAGAAUGGGACGAACAGAGGAAAAUACAGGCUGGACUCGCCCACGGGUCAAACAAAAAUAAGGGAGGCGACAGCAGAGCAAGAAACUUUGUUUCUUUGUGGACAGAUUUCUUGGAGAAGGAGUCUACAAAAAGCAAUUUGGGGUAG